UCUUAUUAUUACAUAAAAAAAAAAUGAUAGCUUUUGAUUUUUUUAUUUUUAAAUUUCACCAUCUCAGAUGUCCCGGCAAACACACGCCAGCUGUUUUUGUAUUGGAACGUUAAACCAUUUUCGCAAAAACUACUGUCCUACUUCCAAAACCAUCCCUGUCAUUUACCACAAAAUAUCCCAACUACCCUACAUUGACCACCGUGUCGGCGUCGACUAUUGGUGACAGGUUGGAACCUGGAAAGAAGACAUUCUAGUAAGACAUUCUAGUAAAACGACAGCAGACAAAACUGAAUCUGAUCAUCGAAAAAAGUGACGCCCAAAUGCCAACCUCAGCUCUCUCACGAACAACACUACUCUCACUGGCUGUAGCCGGUCACUUCAGUUUGAUCUUUGAUCUUUCCCUCCAUUCUUUCAACCAUGUCCUUAACAUACCGUACGCUGACAAAUAUACCCCAUUUUAUUAAUGUUUUUCUUCUCCUCAUUUUCUCGUCCAAAAAAACAAACUCUUUUCAUUUUCUCGUUUCAAUCUUCUUCUCUCCAUGUCUUGUACUCUGCAGAUUGCAGACCAUUUUUAUUCUCCACAGAGAAACCGAAGGAUAAGAAAAGAUUAUAAUAAAAAACUCUGAAAAACAAACCCUAAGGUUUUUUUUUUUCGUUUCAAUGGAAUACAAAAGAGCUUCGGCUGCUACGGCUUUCUCUAAGAAAGUUAGUAAUGGUCACAGUUUCAACGGUAAAAACAUGUACGACGGCAUUUUUGGUGGUGGUCAAAGGAAGGUAGGAUCGAGAGUUGAAGAUUACGUCGAGAUAUUUAGUGGCGGUUCCGGUUCUUCGAUUCCGGUUCUUGAUGUGCCUGAGCUGAACGAGAGGAAGUUCUCGGUCGAUGUUUCGAGCUCGAAGCUUGAUUAUUCCAAUAUUUUUGGCGGUUUUGGAGACUUAGAUUUUGCUGUUUCUCAUGAAGAAUUCAUUGCGAAACCAACAAGAGAUAAAAAGACACCAGAAGGGUCAUUCUCGUAUCCUUCGAGUAUUCCUAUGGGGAGUUUGUCGAAUGAUCAAACCUCCCAUGAAUCAGGUAAUGGCGUGAAGCAGUUCAAAAUGUCAUAUAACAAAAGCAGCCCUGGAAUAAAAGAUGGGUCAAAUGGAACAACACAUGUCGCUCAGCUUCAUGCUGUACCUGGUUAUACAUGUUUAAUUGAUGAAAGUAUCACUCCAUCAAGAGACAAGCCAGUUCCCUCUGUUGUAAAUGAGCCAUACGAGACCAGCAAUUUUGGUGGGGGGAUAAUGGAAGGCAUGCAUUGUAAGAAACAGGCAUCCAAUGUCCCACCUAGUGAUGUUAAUAAACAGAACCCGAAAGGCGUUGAUGAAUUGCAUAGCGAAUCUAGAAGUAAUGGAUUUGAUUUUAAUGAUGUAUUAUUUGGGUCUUAUGAUGUUGGCCGUAGAACACCUCCUCCCAAAAUGACACGAGCUUCAAGCAUGAUGAAUAACAUGGGUGGUAACAAGCAUGUUUCUUCGAAGUUUGGGGUAUCCAAGAGUCAUUCUUUAGAUGGUAAUGAAGGUGUUUGGUCUCCCCGUUACUUUGAUGAUGAAGUGGAUGCAAAUUCAGUUGCUGCUACUUCUGCAGCUGCAGUGAAGAAGGCAAUAGAGGAGGCUCAAGCCAGGUUAAAAGUUGCAAAAGAAAUGAUGGAAAGAAGAAAAGGACAUAUAGGUCGUGUCAAACCAACCUCUAAUGGUAAUUCGAAAGCUGAGGAGAGAAAGAAGGGUAUAGAUGCUUUCAAGCAAGAUAAUGCUCGGGAGAUAUGUGAAAAGAUAGAUGCUACUAUGCAAACUUCUGUUAGAGUAAGAAAGCAAAAUGUGAUGAAAGUUGGCCAAGUGGCUGCUGAAUCAGAAGAUAGGGAGAAAAGUUUCAUUGCCAGAGAAGCUGCAGGAGCAAUAUGUGCAAAUAAUUUCAUAUCAUCACAGGCUGAUUUUAGGCAAGAAGAAGUGGAAAAGAGGGAAGCAGCAAAACAGGGAGAAAAAGAGAAGGAUGUAAUGCAGGCUCUAAAUGAAUAUGAAGGAGAAGAGAAGAAAAUCUUCGAAAAACCAGAAAAAUAUGGUGAGAAAUCAGAAGUUGUUGGGGAUGCUCCUGAACAGGAGUACCAGAGGAAACUAGAUGCAUCAAAAGAGUUAUGCCAUAAGGAAGAAUAUCUGCACAAAUUGAAGCCAGAUGUAGAGUUUUAUGAUCAGAAAGAAGAUGAAACCAAACUAAGAUUUUCUGAGAAUUGGGAAGAAACUGAAGAGAAAGUGUGCAAUGAACUAGAAGCAUGUGAGAGGAAAUUGAAAGAUCCAGAGAAGCUGACAGAAGAUGAGAGAAAGGUUGAAAUUCAAGAAGUAAAGGAUAUUGACAAUUUGGAGGGACUAACAGUUGCUCAGGAAUGGGUAGAUAUGGAGGAGAAACAUAAGCAUAUGCUUAAACAGGAAGAAAAUGGUUCUGCUUUAAAAGAUGUUUUUGAGAAGGAUGAGAAUGAGAUGCUAACAGAAGAUGUUUCUAUGCAGAAAGAAUUUGAGAAGAUAUCUGAAGAUGCUUUUGAGAGAUCAGAACUGAAAGAGGAACAUAAAGUGGCUUGUGGAUCAGAAAAAGAAUACGCUUGCGAUAGAGAAGACAAUGAACAGCUGCCAGACAAAAUUGAGAAACCAGAAAUUAUUGAUCUGGGACAUAAUGGUUUGGAUUAUGAGGAAGGGGAGACGAGACUUGAAGAAAAUGGCGAUUCAUUGGGGAAUGAGGAAUUUUUGGAGGCUGAAGAGAAUGAAGACUUGUUUGAAGAUGCUUAUCAGAUGGAAGCAGAGGAGGAUGGACAAAAAGAGGCUCCUGAGAGUGUGAGAACUGAUAUGCAAAAACAGACUGAUCAAAUGGCAGCUGAGAUGACAGAAGCAAGGGAAGAUGCUCUGGACUGCUGUCCAGAAGAUCUUAAAGCAGCUAAUGAUGCAAACAAUGACAAUCUAAUCAACAACCUUGGUGAAACUAUGGAACCCUCUAUUAAUGAAGACAGCUACGAAAUGACUCCACAGUUACUUGUAAAUGAAGAAAAUGGAGGGAUAGCAGAAGGAAGUAAAGCUUAUAGUGAAUGUAAAGAAACUAGAAGAGAUUCAGAGGCAGUUGAAGUGACUAAUGACUUGGAGGAAAACCUGGCAUUUGAUAAGGCAGAUUUGGCGGAAAGCAACUUGAAAUGCAAUGAGAUUGAGCAGCAAACAGAAAAUACUAGAGAGGCAUUUGAUUUUGACAGAAGCAAUAUAGAUAUUGAUACAUCAGAUAUAACUUUUGAGCAAAACCAAUAUGAGCAGCAUUCCGAAGAGUCUGAAAUAAUCUGCACAAUGGAGAAGCUUGUUGAAGAACUGGCUUGUGAAUCAGAAGAUGUCAAGGAGACUGAAUUUGGGUUGAAACAGGAAGAGAAUAACCAUAACUCUGAAAUCUCUUAUGAGGGAAGGUGGGUUGAUGCUCAGCUAAAAUGUAAGUUUGGAGAGAAACAUGAAACCACACAAACAGCUCAUGAUAUUGAAACAAGCCAAAGUAGAGAAUACAAUGGGGAGAGUCAUCAUGAAUCCCCGAAGACGGAAGAGAGGCAAACCAAAAAUGCUUCCCGGGAAGAAGUUAAUCUAGCGAAGGAACAACAAAGAAGAGUAGAUGAAGCAAAAGAGAGGGAAAGGGAAAAAGAAAAGGAGAGAAUAGCUGUUGAAAGAGCAAUUCGUGAAGCUCGUGAAAGGGCCUUCGUAGAAGCCCGUGAAAGGGCUGCUGCUGGAAGAACAAAUAUAGAGGCACGGCGUAAGGUAAAGGCUGAAGCCCAAGGAGAGUUAGCCAAGCCUUCCGCAGAGGCCAAUGAUAAGAAUUUUGUGGAAGCCAAACUUAAAGCUGAACGUGCUGCAGUAGAGAGAGCAACUGCAGAGGCCCGGCAACGUGCCCUAGAAAAAGCAUUAUCCGAGAAGGCUUCCUUUGGAUCCAGAAACCAGACUGAAAAGUUCUCUGAUGCAAAGCAGAGCUUCCAAUCUUAUGAUUCACGUUACAAAGGAUCAUGUCCUCCUGCAACUUCCAGAUAUCCUAAUUCUUCAAAUCAGAGUGGCACGUGGUAUACCGCUUCAAAUUCUUCUGAGGGGCUGGAUGGAGCUACCGGUGAAUCGGCUCAAAGACGCAAAGCUAGGUUGGAAAGGCAUCAAAGGACGGCCGAACGAGCAGCCAAAGCUCUUGCGGAGAAGAACAAGCGUGAUCUUCUUGCUCAGAAAGAACAAGCUGAAAGAAAUAGAAUAGCAGAAACUCUGGACGCUGAAGUCAAAAGGUGGUCAAGUGGGAAGCAGGGAAAUUUACGUGCACUGCUAUCCACAUUACAAUAUGUACGUGACAGCUUUCUACAUAUGUUCAUAAGUUUCUCUUCAUAUGAAUCAUUCUGCUUCUAUUAUAUCAUUAACCAUUUAGGACAGCGUAAAGCAUGGAUCAUCUGGCUCUGGUCUCUGGAUUGUAUUGACCGAGGGUUUCCUUCCCAAUUGCUAAUUUAUUUUCUUCUAACACCCAGUUAUAUUUUCAGACGCAAGUUUUGUAGAAAGAACUGCAUCUUUGACGCUUAUGUGGGCAAUUGUCGUCAGAUGGAAUUAAAUCUUGGUUUAACUGAAACUUUGCGUUGCUGGCAGAUCCUUGGCCCAGAUAGCGGUUGGAAGCCGAUACCCCUUACUGAUAUCAUAGCCACUGCAGCUGUAAAAAAAGCAUACAGAAAAGCUACUCUUUGUGUUCAUCCUGACAAGUUGCAGCAACGAGGUGCAAGCAUACAGCAAAAGUACACUUGUGAGAAAGUUUUUGAUCUUCUAAAGGAGGCUUGGAACAAAUUUAGUGCGGAAGAAUGGUAGAAAAUCACUUUCGUGGAGGCUACAGUGACGGCAGUGGUACACGAAGAAAGCAAGUCG